CUUGCUUGAGUAUUUCAACGUCUGUCUCAGCCACAUUUCAUUCUUUGGAUACUUUAUCAGACUUAAUAUCGACAAGGAAAUUGACAAUCAUCUAUCAAGGCACAAUGCCGAGCACUGCCCAAGCCAAGGUUAAGCAACAGCCGGUUGCGGUGGCGUCAUCGACGUCGAAGAAGGCACCGGCUGCGUCUGUCUCCAAGGCUGUCAAGAAGACAACGACAUCGUCGUCUUCAAAGCCUACCACAACAUCGUCAACCAAGCCGACCAGAACAGCAAGCACCAAGCCUAAAGAUGUGACCUCUUAUGCCACCAGCAAAACUCCAGCCCAGGCGAGGUCCGCGGCUAAGAAGCUGGCACCAGCUGUCGCAUCCACGCCGGCAACACAGUCCUCCCCAAAGCCUAACUUCAGACCAGUCACCAUGACAGCUCAUACGAAGAAGGCUCUUGGGGUGUCCAGCCCGUCCAGCGUCAAUAAGUCGGUGCCCAUCGGACAGGUCAAGACCACCGCCGCUGUUCGAUCUUCUGUCCCUGCCCGGCCUGCUCCUACUGCUGCGCGAGUCCCAGCCGCCUCCCCAGUCAUGCCAAAGACUGCGACUUCCCAGCCCAAGACAAAGCCUGCUGUUUCUGCUGCUCCAGUCAAGGCCUCUCCUCAACCUCCUGCCAUUACUCAAACGCCCCGAAAGAAGAAGUACGCCCCUGAAGCUCACAUCCCAACCUCAAACUUCACCAAACAGCUCUCCAACACCGUUGGAGGUGUGGCUCAGGGUGUAGGGAGAACCGUCGGCGGCGUGGGUCAAGGCGUGGGGAGAACUGUCGGGGGAGUCACGCAAGGAGUUGGGCAGACAGCCUCCGGCCUGACCACUGAUGCACUUGACACCCUGAACCGCACUACCAACUCGCUCGGUCGGGGUGAUAUCUAUGGCACUGUCGGGGGAGUUGCAGGCGGUGUCGGGAAUACUGUUGGGAAUACUACCAAGAACCUUGGUGGUGCUGUCGGAGGAGUUACGAGAGGGUUGGGGGAUACUGUCAAUCAGACUACGGACGGGCUAGGGAAUGCGAUCGGGGGACCUGUUGGUGGGUUGACGAAAGGGGUUGGGGGUGCUGUUGGGGGGGUUACGAGGGGGGUGGGGGAUACGGUUGGGGGUGUUACGAGGGGAUUGGGCAAUACGCUUGGGAAUACUACUGGUGCUUUGGGGAGAGGAGACUUGGGAGGUGUGGUUGGAGGUUUGGUUGGUGGGUUGGGGGAGACAGUUGGGGAGGUUGGAAAGGGGGUGGGAGGGAUUUUGAGUCCAGUAUUGGGGGGUGUUCUGGGGGGUGGGAAGUAG